AUGGAUUCAGUCCAGAUUCUUAACAAAAUUCCACCAAAACCAUCGGAUCUUUCACAGUUUCCCACUACAAUCCCAAAAAAUUCGCUACAUCCUUUAAACCCACCGAAAUCGGUACAGUUUACCGAUUCUGGUCAACACGAAACAAAAACCUCAAGACAGUUACAAGACAUCGACCAAACCCCCUCCAUGCCCUCUGCGAGUUCUACCGUUCAGCACAGAUCAACCAUAACAAAGAACUUUGCAUCCUUGUUUAUGAAACCCUCAUUUAUCCCACCUGUUUCGGCGCCAUCUUCUUCUUCACAUCCUCCGAUGCCUAUGAUUACCCCUUAUUCUUCCAGUCCAAAUCUUUCGGUGCCUAUGGCAAAUCCUUCAGAGCCUAUGAAAAAUCCCUCGGUGCCCAUGGCAAAUACUUCGGUACCCAUGACCAAUCCCUCGAUGCCUAAGGCAAACCCGCAGAUAUCUUCGGCAACGAUGGCAGAUCCUCGAUCGAUCGAGGGACUAUCUUCCCCGGUCCCUUCAGCCUCUCUACUCAGUACAGCAAAAAGGGUAGUGUACAACAAUGGUGAACCUGGGAUAUAUUGGUCCCUUGAUGAAACUUAG